CUACGACCAGAUGAGCGUGACGACUGAAUGCAGUUUCCAGACGGAGUCGGACUGGGACCCUCAGUCGGAGGCUGCCUCCGUGAUGAGCUUCGACAUGUCUCAGCCGUACACCCCCACCUCACCCUCCAGGUCCUUCAAGAGUUCGGAGGAGAAGCGGGGAGUGUUGGACCGCAUCAGCAGCUUCUUCACUAAGAGGAAGAAGAGCAGGAACAGUUCCGAUGCCUCCAGCGGGGCCUGCUCCCCAACGUCGCCCCCGUCCACCUCAGGGUCACCGGGUCUCUGUGAGGAAGAGGAUGGACUGAAGACCCCCACCCCUUCACGAAAAGACGGGCCGUGGGGCAGAGCGGCGGGGGGAGACGCCCUCAGCCGCAGCUCCACUCCCAGUGGGAUUUCCCUGACGACCACCGAGGCGGAGCUCCCGUUCGCAGACAGUGACAGCAGCGGUCGGGGCAGCGUGAGGGAGGUCUACGUCGAUGGGUUCGGCAAAACCAAAAAAGAAGGGAAUUCUGGGAGGGUCACUCCCACCACCCCCAUAACGGAGUUGAACUCGGGAAUAGGCUUCGCAGAGUCGGUGGUGGAGGAGGUGAACAAGAAGCUGCACGUUCAGCUGGAGGAGCGCAUCCUGACCGACAGCGAGGGUCACCGCGAGGAGUCCCCCGUCAGCGCCACCACCCUGAUGACGUUCGUAGUCCCUUCGUCCCAGACCCCCGACAGUCCGAGGUCCCCCAACCUCACGUCCAUCUCUUUAACUUCAAAGAAAACCUCGGUGAAAGUGGGCGGGAACGGUCACAGCAGCUCGCUGACGGGAAUACGGUUGGGGUCACAGUCGUCCGCGCCAACAGCCGCCGACGCUGUUCACCAGGUCACCAGGACUCCUUCACCUGAGAAGGGGGAGGAGAGACCCAGGAGCGACUCUCCCGUCCAACUGCACAGAGCCAUCUGGGUGGAAACACACCUGGGUGAGGAAGACUGGGAGGGGGAGGAGGGGGAGGGUGAGAGGGCGGGGGAGGGUGAGAGGGCGGACUCACCUCCUGUGUUGGCCGUACCUGUAACAGUAAUCCCUGAGGAGGAACCUGUCAGUCGCAGCCCUGCGGACAGUCCUGCCCCCCCCACCGAGGGCUUCCUGUCAGGAACAGCCAGCCCCUCGGCCGAGUCUGCGGGGGAGUGUCUGGGAGACUCACCUCACCCGCAGGAGCCCGGCGCCGCCGCGGACCUAAAGAAGAGUUUAUCAGAGAAACGCAGAGCAAAAGAAAAUCGCGUCACACGGAAAACUGUGAAUCUGCCGUCGAAGCACAGGCUGCAGGAGCGGAGCGUGGCUCUGGACACGGAGACGGAGACGGAUUCGACUGCAGAGACGUCACCGACACCACAGGCCACGCAACGUCCAGGUCUGAGCGGUGACAACGAUGCUGAAGUCCAGGAAACCAAGCUCAGGUCUGCGUCCACCACAGAGGACCAUGCGCACGGUGACACCAGCGACCGUGGGAAUUUAGUCAAGGACAGGACUGACUCGGAGUGCUCGGACUUCGAUGACCCCUCCGCGACCUCUGACAUGUACAAACCUAAACCACAGGUCUUGGCGUCUGGGAGAGGAGAGUCCCACCAGACCACCGCCACCAAACGAACGACCAAACUCGUCACCAAGACCGCGUCUUCUGCAGCCGGAAGCAGAGUCUGCGGCGUCUCGGCGAAGACGACCGUCUCCACGGACGGCGCCAGAAUCUCUGCCACGACCACAAAGGACCAGAGUUCCCCCGGCUCAGAGAGCACCAAGUCCAAAAUCCCUAAAAGGACCCCGUCGGACUCUGAGGUUAGAUCAACGCUGACGCCUGAUAAGGCAACGCUGACCAACGACUCGUCCAAACUACAGACGCCGUCCAAGACCAAAGACUGCAGACCACUGACCGUCACAACCAGAGUCGCCAGGAAGACCAGUUCUGAGGAAACCAAGGAGGACAAAUCCCCGUCAGGAGAACCUUCUCCAACCAAGAACACGUACAGAAAGGUAACCAGGCCAAAGGAAAAGUCCAGUGAGGACACCAGUGUCUCCGGUGUCCCGGGACGGGACGUUAAAGCUCCUGAGAAGGAGAGUGUCCACGUGAAGAAACUGCCCCACGCCCCCCCAGACAACACCUCAAAGAGCCGGUUGCCCAUUUCAUCUCCAACAAGGAAGAGUAGUGAAGAAGCAGCUCAUGUUAACGUCAGUGUCCACAGAAGACCUCCGUCUGUCCAACCAGACGCAGAGAAGGUCCAGAGGACUUCCUACAAACAGGAAGUGGCACUUGGAGCUGGACGUGGUGGAAACGUCUCCUCACUGCUGCCGGAGACGUCCACGAAAGGUGGUAAGUUGUCGCCACGGCAACCGAAACCGUUGAAGAAACCCCCUGAGGAGAGGGAGUGUGAACCAGAGAAGACCAGCAGGUCGUCCAAACCCACGGAGAACGUCAGGCUGCAGCAGAAGAGUCCAGUGAAGGAGGCAGGAGAACCGCCGUCCCCCGGGAGCAGACUCCCAACCCUGGGUCAGAGGUCGUCCAGCAAGGUCAAAGUCAGGAACCAUCCUCCGUCACUGAGUGGGGGCGCUGUAAACACGUGGGACUCGGGCCAGAACUGUGACACCAGACCGUCCGAUGGUCCAGGUGAAGCAGGUGAAGCCAGGUUGAUCCUGGAGGGAGGGAAGAACGAGACCAAACAGUCCAGGACCAAAGAGCUACGGCUGGGAGGAAAGAAGAAGAUCCAGUCAGAACCUCCGCCGUCCCACCACCAGGACGUCGCGCUCACAGUAAAUGUUCAGGUCGAUGGUGCACCAGUAGACACCGAGGUCACCAACACUGAGGCGGACUCUCAGGAGGUUUCAGCCGAGAGCGAUGACAUCACACAGGAGCGGCGCCGACCACAGACGUCCGUGGAAGGAGAGAACUGUUCAACAGACACCGUCUGUAAUCUGACACCAGGUCUAAUCCAGGAGAACAAACCAGUCCCUGCAGCCGCUGGCACCGUACCAGCCCCGCAGGAUGGAACCGAUACAUCGGUCCAACCUGUGGUGGAUGACGCCACCUGCUGUGAUGUAACGCCCGACUCUAAUGAGCGCAGUGAGGUCACUGCGGCACAAACACGGCCCACAGGCGUUUUCAAAGACCAAGAAAUGAAGUUGGGGGACAGAGCUGAAGCCCCGCCCACUGCCCCGAUUGGACCGACUCCUGUUACUGAAGAAAAACUCCAGAAUGACUCGGAGAGAAAGAUCGGAAAAGACAGACCGUCACCCACUGAGGCCGCCGUGAAACCAGCGGCUCUGGAACUUCACACAGAGACUGGAAGUGUUUGUCAGUUUCCCAGGAAUGUUGAAAAUCAAACAGACAAAGAGCCUCUUUCACUGGGAGGAAACUCUGACAGAGCCGAGGACUCACAGAGCAGCAGCAGGGAGGAACACGUGGCCAUAAGUACCGAGGCUGAGCUCACAGAACCGCAGGAACAAUGUGGUCCUUCAUCAGAACUGGACCAUCUUCAGUCUGAUGAGAAGAAGAAGGAACAAACAGGAGAGAAGAGGACGGAGGAAGACCAUGUAUCCAAACCUAGUGUGGUCUCCACGGACCAUGAGAACAGGGAGGAGAAGGUCCAGCUGAUGGUGGUACCGAUGCUGAACAGUACUCAAGAGUCCAAACCACUGACUGAGAAUAAAGUCAAAAAGAGCCAGACGGAGGAGGAGGAGGAGGAGGAGGACAGUCUUAGCCAAGCGCCACAGAUGGAAGCCAACAGUACUACACCACAGGAAGUCACAGAGGAGGUCAACGGUACCAGUGAUUCAAAGUCAAACAGAGUCGUCACGCAGAUGUCCAGAGGGAAGGACAAACCCGCCCAUGGUCCACUGGAGAACCUUCCUUCAGAAUUGAAAAGCUCCUGCAAAAAAGUAAAAGACGUGACAAGGUUGGAGGGUGAGGAACCUCCAGGUGAUGUUGAGGAACUCAAGGAAGUUCAAACACCAGGGAUGGAGGACACCAGUACUGAAGAACAGGACGGCACAGAGCAGGAGGACCACGGUACCAGUGACCUGCAGGAAAGACGAGCUCCAGAAGCUACGACCUCUGGAGACGAGGACAGACCAGCUGAUGGUUUACUGGAGGACUCCUCAACACCCCCCACCACAGCAGAGCAGGAGACCGACACCCAGAGACUGAAGGAGGACCGUGCUGUAGGAAUUCAACCCUCGAUCACGAGACCUCAGGAUGUUAGAGAAGAGGAGGACGGACAGACUGACGAGGAUGAGAAGAACCAGACCUCGGAGAUACCGGUCCUGAGAGCUGAAAUACAGGAAGUCAAAGAGGAGGGAGAUGAUCAUGGUGCUGAUCUGAAGGAAGACCAGAGUCCAGAGACUGAGACACAGGAUCUACUGGAGAACCUUCCUUCAGAAGUUAAAGCUCAAAGUUCAAACGAACAGAUCUGUGGAGAAGAACAGGAGAUGUUAGAGGAAAACCAAUCUCCAGAGAUGGAGGUCCAAACUGCUGGAAUACAGAAACCUGAAGAGGAGGAAGGCAGUCACGCCAAGGUAAAGGAACUCCAAACUCCAGAAGCUGAGACUUCUGGGAAGGAGGACACACACCAUCUACUGGAGAACCUUCCUUCAGAGGUUAAAGCCAAAAGUUCAAAAACAGAAACAUCUGGAGAAGAUCAGGGAAAUAUUACUCAGUAUAUUACUCAAGUCAGAGAGGAAGAAGGAAAACCUCCUGGUGUCGUUGAGGAAAGUUCUACGAUGGAGUUCAAAUCUGAAAAUGCUGGAGGACUGGAGGUGACAGAGAAGCUGGACGACAACACCACGGACCUAAAGGAGAACAAAGCUACGGCUGCUGGACAGAUGGACGCACCAGCUCAGACGGAAAACGUCACUACAGAGACAAAAGUCAAGAGUUCCGAUUUGGAGAUUCGUGGAGACGAGCAGCAGAUGGAUACUGAUGGUGAGAAGGUGAAGGUGAAGCAGGAUCCAGAAAUCCAAACCAGGACGGACGUUGGUACAGACACGAAGGACAAAGACGUUUCUGCUGUCAGUGAACUCCAAACAUCUGAAGCCACAGACACCGGCGUUCCAGAGGCGACAGGACAGACGGGCGGACGUAGGAGUGAGGACGUAGAGGAACGUCAAUCUGCAGUCAAAACCACCAGCACAAAGGUACAGGAAACUGUGAAGAAAGAAGCUCCAGAAAAGAAACCCAGAAGAAUCAAAAAACAGAAAGACGUCAAGGAACCAAAAGACACAAAGACUAAAACCCAGGACGCUGAGGAAGACGGGGACACGGAUGUCCAGGAGAAAGACUCUACAGGAAUAAAAAAGGUUGCAGGUUUUCAGGGAGACAACAUUUCACCAGAGGAGGCUCCAGUUAAAUCUAAGGUCAACACUGGAGUCCAUCAGAAGACGGCGCCACCUAAUGGUGACCACCGUACAUUUAUGGAAAAGACCUUGGAAGGUGUUCACGAAGUGGUUGAUCAAAUACAGGAAAUUGACUCACGAAAACAUCCAGAAAAACAAACGACACCAGAGAGCCGAGACUCUGACACUGUAACCAUGGCAACAGACGUUGACGUUCACCGAGACCAGAGAAACAUUGACAACAGGGGCGGACCAGCGGGGCGUGAAGGUCAAACCUCUGAGGUGAAGACGGUGAAUAUUAAAGUGAUCGAAGAAGAGGAGACGACGGUGAAGAACCUGUACAGACAUGAAAAGACCCAACCUCCAACUGUGGACGCUGACGUGAAUGACCUUCACCUGGACCAAAGUCUGGUACAGGGGGAUGAGGACCAAGAUAAAGAAGAGCGGGACAGACCCACGGAGUCUGAAGAUCAAAACCAGUUCUCAGACCGUGAAACAGAAACAGACAAAAAGACUGAACCACAGGCGUCUCCAAACAGGUCUGAAGACCAGAUCGGUACCAUGUCCAACUCCACAGACCAGAGGCUUGAAAUGAACAAACACCAGGUGAAGACAAUGAAAGAGAUAGAGGGAAAAACAGAAUCUAAACACUUGGAUUCAAACCUUCAACCUAAACUAGAAGACACAAACACAGGCACUGUUGAGAGGACGAGUGAAGGACGAAGGACUGCAGAACUCACUGAAGACAGAACUAACACAACGUUAGAAAAGACUGAAGUUGAAAACCAUCUCAGUUCAAGUCUCAGUGACAUCACGCGGCCAAUCACUGAGCUGGAGAACAAACAGGACAAGAUGGGACGCCGUGCUCAGGAAUCGAAGAGUGAGGAUGGAACCAAGGAUUCUCCAGUGACGACUUUGCCAAAAGACGCUGCGUUUCUGAGUAUUGGUGACCAAAAAGACCAAACGUCCACGGUCCUCAAGGACGGACAUGAGGACAACAGGAAACCAAAGGACUUCACUGGUCUGUCCACAGACCUCAAAGCUCCAGACGGCGUCCAACAGCAGGAAACAAAGACUGAAUUGAUGGGAUGGACAGAAGAAACUGUUGACAUUCAACUAAAUCAAAAAAUCCAGGUUAGAAAAAGUCGAGCUGAACAAGAAGAUCUGCUAAAAACCAGUGUGAACAAAACAGACGUCAGGGAAAAGUCAAAAGACGACAAAGACGUCAAAGCAGUUAAAGAAGUUAGUGUAGAAAAGACAAAGACUGUCCCCGAGUCCAAGAGACACAAAGAAGGCUUCAAAGAAAAACAGAAACCUUUACGGUCAGGUGGCAGAUCAGGGGUAUCGUUUAGAGAAAGUUCUCAAAGUCCACAGCCGAACAAAGAAUCUCCGUCCAGUUGGUUGGACGUAGAACAUCAUCACAAACAGAAGAAGGAACACAAGAAACGUCCGGAGGCCUCCGCCAGCGAGGACGAGUCCCUGGAACCCGACGACUACGAGGAUUUCAUUAGGAGCAUCAAGGAAGGCGGAAUUCCUUUCUCACUACCUCCAAAGAGGCACGUCCAACGGAAGUCCCACUCUCCGCCCUUCGCCAUGCCGGCCAUCAAAGAAGAUCACUUUGAGAAAACCUUUGAUCCGGAGGAAUUCCAGUUUGGCCUGAGGAAAAACGGAAAGAUAUUCCAGGACCCUUCGCCAGCUAUGGUCAUAAAACGAAACGCAGCCAACAGAGAGGGACGGACGCUGGACAAACGUGCUCGGGAGAAAGCCCUUGCCGCGCUUGAUGACGUGUUUGACGAGGGGGGAGGAAGUCCCGAAGAGAAAGGUGACCUGAACAACGGGGAGGAACCUGUGAAGUUGACAUCAAGACUUGGACGGAUAUCCAUUCUGUCCAGCCUGAUGAGUUCCCCCAGGAAAACCAGGGAGGAGAAUACCCCCCCCUCUGAUGCCUCUCCUUCAAACCACCAACAACCGUCCAAGCAGGCUGUUGAUUUACUGCCACUGGGCUCAGAGGCAGAGAAGGAGGGUGUGAAGGGUAGUGAUCAAGGCUCAGUCUUGGUUGGUAGUAAAAGUGUAACUAAUGACUUAGCGCUAAGCCCCGCCUCCCCUCCUCCCCUUCCCCCUCCCUUCCCCACAUUCUCAGAGGUGAAGCUUCCAGAUCACUUGGAGAAAUACCUCAAGAGGAACAAAAGAGGAGCCGAAGCUUCCCAGGGUUCCACAGCAACUGCACGGAAUACUGACAUGGACGGGGCCCUGACGUCGGAACCCCCCAGGGUGGACGUGGUCCUGCAGGGACCGCCCCCCUCUGCAGGGCCCCAAAAAAAAAACCACAGCCAAAAGAAAAGUCGGGCAGGACAUUCUCUGAGUAAGAAAAAGGUGCCUGCAGUGAGAGGAGUCCACAGACGACCUGGGAAGAUCGUCAUCCAUGAGCGCGCUCAGUUUGAAGGACAAACAUCGGAGUUCUACUGUGACGUAGAGGACGCUACCAUGUUCAACUUCUCACCCGUCAUCUCCGUCAGAGUCAUCAGAGGAUGCUGGCUCCUGUAUGAAAAGCCUGGUUUUCAGGGCCGGGUCAUUGCCCUGGAGGAAGGACCCACUGAGCAGAUCGUAAACAUCUGGGCAGACGAGGAGACGCCGACCCUGACCCCGACCCUGACCCCGACCCCGACCCCUCUGGACCAGAACGCUCAGCCUGUUCCAACAGCACCAGUGGUCAUCGGGUCGAUUCGACUGGCCGUUAGGGACUACAGUCUGUCCAGGAUAGAUCUGUUCUCUGAGGUGAACGGUUUGGGGAGGAUGUCGUCGUUCUGUGACGACACCGUGGAGCUGGGCUCGUACGGGAUCCCUCAGACCACCGGGUCCAUCAGGGUCCACUCAGGAGUCUGGCUGGUUUACACCGACCCAGGCUUCGCAGGUCUGAUAGGAGUGCUGGAGGCGGGGGAGUACCCCUGCCCUGAGGCCUGGGGCUUCUCCGAACCCUUCGUCGGCUCACUGAGACCCCUGAGAACGGGUGUCAUCAGGGUGGAGCAGCCCCACGAAGUCAAGGCUCUUCUGUUUGAGAAGCCCAACUUCGAUGGAGCGUGUGUGGAGGUGGACGACCUGGUGUACGGUCUGCAGGAAAUCCAAGAAGACCAGACGUCCCUGUCCUCGGUGGGCUCCAUGAAGAUCCUCAGUGGACUUUGGGUCGGUUACCAGGAGGCCGACUUCGAGGGUCAGCAGUACGUCCUGGAGGAGGGUCACUACCCUCACUGGACGGACUGGGGCGGAACUGAGGCUGGGCUCCUGUCACUGCGGCCCGUCUGCACCGAUUUUCAGUCUCCUCACAUCAAACUCUUCACGGAGCAAAACUACAAGGCGCUGGGGCUCAACGUGGGGCUGCUGGGCCCGGUACUGAACAUGGGGGAGAUCAGCCACGGCACCAAGACCCAGUCGGCCAACGUCCUGAGUGGAGUCUGGGUGGCGUUUGAGAAACCUGGGUUCAGUGGAGAACUCUACGUUCUGGAGAAAGGUCUGUACGCCAACCCUGAGGACUGGGGGGCCCACGACUUCAAGAUCUCCUCCAUCCAGCCAGUCUUCACGCUGGUCGGAUCUUCACGAUUCAAGCUGCAGCUCUACUCCGAGCCAGACUUCCAGGGAAGACAGGUGGCGCUGUUGGAGAGCACAGCAUCUCUGGACGAAAACUUUGUGCCCAAAUCCUGCAAAGUCCAGUCUGGGAGCUGGGUGGCGUACGAGGGCGCUGCGUUCACAGAGAACCUGUACGUCCUGGAGGAGGGGGAGUACCCCAGUCCUGGGUCCAUGGGUCUGCUGUCCUCAGCGUCGGUCAUCCGCUCCAUCCAAACCACUGGACACGAACAGUCCCUGCCCUCCAUCGUCCUGUUCAGUAAGGUGGGCUGCAGUGGUCGCAGGACGGCGUUGAACAGUGAAGCGGUGAACCUGCAGCAGGCCGGCCUCAACACACGCGUCCACUCUGUGCUGGUGGACGGAGGAAUGUGGGUCCUGUACGAGGGCAGUAACUUCCGAGGUCGGCAGCUGUUCCUCCGUCCCAGUCAGGUGACAGACCUCUGUCAGCUGAUUGGCUGGCAGCAGAUCGGAUCCCUGCGGCCUUUGCUUCAGAAGCAGAUCUACUUCUGUCUGCGGAACCGAGGCACCGGCGGCGUGAUGUCACUGACUGGAACUCUGGACGACAUCAAGCUGAUGAGGAUUCAGGCCGUGGAGGAGACCGGGGGGGUGGAGCAGGUCUGGCUCUACCGGGACGGACAGCUCGUCUGCAAGAUGCUGGAGGACUGCGUGCUGCAGACCUCGGGGCCUGUGGUUCUGGCCGGCACCCGACUCUGUAUUACCCCAGACGGAGGCAGGGAGGGGCAGCUGUGGAGCAUCACCCCCGACGGUCUGGUCCGCUGCCACUUUAACCCUGACCUGGUGCUGGAGGUCAAAGGCGGUAAACAGUUCGACAGGAACCAGGUGAUUCUCAACACGUUUGAGGAGAAGAAGCUGAACCAGAGGUGGAGCGUGGAGCUUCUGUGAGAACUGUUA